CCAACACCUUUUUCAGAAGUAAGCACCAAUCAAAGUGUUUCAUAUUCCAGACCCGCGAAUUUCCGCAAGGUUCUUAGCGCGCAGACCACUUUCCUCGUCUGAUUAGGUGAUUGUGCAUGGAAGCAAGGUCUUUUGUAGAAAAGGUUAUUGUCCACACGAAGGGACAUCAGUAACAUUCUACUAGGACCUGCUGAAAGUUACCUUUUAAUUGGGCAAACUGUAAAGUAAGCCAAAGUCAAGGCCGGAGUUUGUAGAAGGUUAUGGCUGCAAGGAGACAAGCUUUACGAGAAAUAACUCGAAGUGGUUCUCAAGGAAGUUCAGAGGUACGAACUCCCAACAACGAACACAACAUUAACUUUAAUUGGUUACCCACACCAACUUCUCCAGAAGAAGAAGUAAUUCGUCAACGUGGACGAAGACAGGUGACACAGAGUUUCCUUAUGGACUGUUUCUCUUCACCUAAAGGAACCCCUAGACUCAGAUCCGAGAUGCGUGGAGAAACACCCCCGAAAACACCAUCCAAAUCUCCCAAUAAAUCAAGGACUCCACAAAAAUCAAGUCCUUCUUCCACUAAGAUUUUGGCAACCCCCACCCGCACUUCUCCACGAAAACGUUUGAAUCUAUCUCAAGAUACUCCAGAUAGUGACACAAGUGGUUUCUUGGGGUUUUCGAGAAGCAAAAGAACUAUGACCCAGUCCAAAAAAACAAAAAUUCAACGAAAAACCCCUCCAGGGAUCAACGUUGAUGUGGCACUAAAAGCUUUAAGUCAUAACCAAUUGAUUGAACUACUUCAGGAACUAAUGACUUCUAUUCCUGACCUGAAGAAGGUUGUUGGGGAACGUUUGCCAAGCCCAGAUCUUCAACCCCUAGAGAAAAAUCUAAAUAACCUCCAGCGUAACAUAUACAAGUCUUUCCCAAACACGAGGUGGGGCUCUAAUAGAGAUGAUUUUUGUUAUCGUAGAGUUCGCACUCAUCUAGAAGCUUUUAAGAAAGCAUGUAUACAGCAAGGACGACAACUAAUAGAGAGCCAACAGUGGGGAGCUGCUGUAGACUAUGUCAUGCUAGCUUGGAGCUAUGUUAGACAUUUGCCAGAUUGGGAUGAGUCUACUCACAACUGUAUCAAGGCCCAGUGUUUUAAAACUUUAUCAACACAGUGUAUGACAUCUGUAAAGAAGAUGGCAAUGGAUAUUGAUGAAGUGGAAGACAUUGUUGAAAGAUUGCAAGAAAUGGUUCAGGACAGUGAAACCAUCUUGCCCUGUUUGAAGUACUCCCAGAGUCUACUAGAGAAGUUCAAAUGAUCCUAAGAUUUCCUUGUUUUGUUCCGAGACAGAUCUGCAUUGUGGAUUCAAUUAACGAGUUUCUAUAAAGUCUCUAGUUGGAUAAAAAUGAUCCCCCCUACAUGGUUCUGAAAGUUUAGUUUAGGGUAUGUUGAUAAACAUCUGACAGAGAGAGAAAUUCCUGCCUCAUUUCUAUUUGUUGUGUUUUAUAUUUCAUUUAUAAGUGCUUUAACUUUAAACAUUUUCAAUCUGAUAAACUUUAAAAAACAAUUCCAUUAUUCUUGAGUCACCAGUCACCUUACUUACAAUGGUGAUUGUUUUUAAACAAAGUUUGUAUUUCUUUUAAAUCAAAUUUAGAAGAUGCUUGUUAGAGGACUAUUUGUUUUUAUCCUUAUUUCAUUUUUAACAAUGUGAUUAACAGUGCAAGGUUGAGUGAAUGAAUUAUUAAAUGUUUAAAUAUAGCACACCUUUUGCACAUUUAACAAUAUUUUCUUCCUAUAGUAAAGCACUUAAUUAAUAAAUGACAUGGUGUUUUAAUUGUGAAAUCUUUAUAAUAAGUUAUCCAUUUUCUGUUGAAUUAUUUGAUGGUGUACUGCCAGAAUAAUGAGACGUCACACUGCAACUAAUUUUAUAAAAUUCCAAAUACAUUAGUAAAAACAUUAAUCUGAAGCUUACUUAAUAUUGAAUGAUUUUAACUCAAAACUAUCAGAGAAAAACUUGUAAACAAGCAGGUAUUUUUCUUUUAAACAGAAACAGUAAGAAAAAGUAGGUUUGUCGUAUUGAACUUUGGAAUGUUUUUAAACAACUUCAUUUAAUGUACAAUGCAUACUAUUGUGAUGAAUUGUGGUGUUUUUUUAUACAGAAUUUUACUUCUGUAUUGACUAAGAGUAUGUUAUUAAACAAUUUUAUUUGUUAUGCAAAAUUAUUUGUUGUGUUGAACAAUUUCCUUCACUGUACAGAUCUAUUGUAUUGAACUGUGGUGUGUGUGUGAAUAAAAAAUAAACUCCAUUUGAAACACACUUUUUUUUCUACUGGCAUUUUAAAAUGAUCAUUAAAAAUGUAUGUAAUUGAAGGUUAUGAGAACGAAGAAAAUUCUACAUUUUAAAAUAUGCUAAAUCAACAGAAAUACAUUAUUUUAAAACUUGUAUGUGGAAAAUUAUAUUUUAAAACCUUGUAGGUGUUCAUGUUCAAAGGUAUAACAAUAGAGCAAUGUCAUUUUCAAAUUAUCUUCAAAACUUUGUACUGUGGUAAGUCAUAAUAAAUUUUGUCAAAAACAAGCAGGCUAAAAAUAUUAUUGAACUUGGUGAUAUCUUGACAGUUGGAGAUGUAAAGUCUGUAAUGUGCCUUGGUGUUAC